AUGUUCAGAUCAGUGCUUACUCAUACGAAUAUUGCUUCUUCACUAAGGACAAGACAAAUACCAUCGGCAUCUCUAUUUCGCAGAUGGCUAAAUAUUAACGUCCUGACGACACCAAAUGAGAAUGCUUUGAAGUAUAUGUCUGUGGAUGGUGAACUAUUUCAAACCCCAGGUUCUAAGAGUAUUGUUAUUAAGAACACUGAUAAUACUUUAAUUAGUAAUUGUAAGCUAGCUAAAAAGAUAUUUGAAGAUUGUCCCGGUGCCGAAUCCCUUAUGAUUGGUGAUGACUUUGUCUCCGUCAACAAGGAUAGUAUGGUUCAUUGGAACCAAAUAACACCUGAGGUGACUAAGAUAUUGUUAAAUCAUUUGCAAUCUGGUGAAAGUGUCAUAUCCGAUGACUUUCAUGCUAUCAGAGAAGCCAGUGAGCAGGCUGGUGGUGGUUACAAAGUCAAUACUCCGAAAUUCGAAUAUGACGAAGAUGCUCAGGAAGUUAGUGAUAUUAUAGAUGAAUUAAUUGAUACUAGAAUCAGGCCUGCUAUCUUAGAGGACGGUGGUGAUGUUGAUUACUUGGGCUGGGAUCCAAAGAACGGUACCGUAUAUUUGAGAUUAAAGGGUUCGUGUUCUUCUUGUUCCUCGAGUGAAGUCACUUUGAAGUAUGGUAUUGAAUCUAUGUUGAUGCAUUACGUUGAUGAAGUUAAAGAAGUCAUUCAGUUGUUGGACCCCACUCAAGAAAUUGCAUUGAAGGAAUUUGAUAAGUUGGAAAAGAAGCUUUCGACAUCUGAAAAUGACAAAUCUAGUGCAUAG